AUGCAAUUCUCAACUGUUACUUUAAUUGCUGCUGCUACUGCUGCUUUGGUCAAUGCUGAUAUCCUCACAACAACUACUAAAGUAGAAACUUUGGUCACAAUCACCGAUUGUGGUCCAACCGUAUCAGACUGUCCAGCUUCCCAUGUUGAAGAAGAGCAUUCUACAUCCAUUAUUGAAUCACCAGUAGAGGCACCUGCUAAUGUUUCAACUUUCGAAGGUGCUGCUUCUAAACAAUUUGCAGUUGGUGCUGUUGCUUUAGCCGCUGGUGCCUUAUUAGCUUUGUAA